CAUUAAAGGGUCCGAUGUGACAACCGGAUCACGUCACGUUUCCUAGCAACUCCAAAAUAAACUCCAAAAACCCCUCACCGUGCUGUUGCGAGGAUAAAUCACACAACUUAUACCACACUUACACUUAAUAUACGAUCAAAAUUAGUCUUUAUUUGUGUGUUUGUAAACGGAACCAAAAGUCGAGAGGCGCGCGAUCCAGCCGGAAGCAGAUAAGCGGUGUUUAAUGCGAGUUUAUUUGCGUUAAAUCUACAGGAUUAUGUUUAAAAACACAUUUCAGAGCGGAUUUCUAUCCAUCCUCUACAGCAUCGGCAGCAAACCCCUGCAGAUAUGGGACAAGAAGGUCAGAAAUGGACACAUUAAACGGAUUACAGACAAUGACAUCCAGUCUUUGGUACUUGAGGUGGAGGGAACCAAUGUGAGCACCACCUACAUCACGUGUCCAGCAGACCCAAAGAAGACCCUCGGCAUCAAACUUCCCUUCCUCGUAAUGAUCAUUAAGAAUCUCAAAAAGUAUUUCACAUUUGAAGUUCAGGUACUGGACGAUAAGAACGUUCGACGGCGGUUUAGGGCGAGUAACUAUCAGAGUACGACUCGUGUAAAGCCCUUCAUCUGCACGAUGCCCAUGAGACUCGACGACGGCUGGAAUCAAAUCCAGUUCAACCUGUCAGAUUUCACACGGCGAGCGUAUGGGACCAAUUAUAUCGAGACGCUGCGAGUGCAGAUCCACGCAAACUGUCGCAUCAGAAGGGUUUAUUUCUCUGACCGGCUGUAUUCUGAGGACGAGCUGCCGGCUGAAUUUAAACUUUAUUUACCAGUACAAAACAAAGCAAAGCAGUGAAAUGGUUGCCUGGAUUUCAUCAUCUCAUCUCCUCGCUUUGUUUGAUCUGCACACGUUCACACCAGACAGAUUUCUGUGGGUCUUUUUUAUGUGUUCCUCUUUGUUGUCUGCUAAUAAAUAUUUUAUAUGCACAAAGUGAA